AUGGGUACGCGCGGGCCCUAUGCCCUGGUGGACACCACGCCGGCCAAAACCAUCUUGGUGUACCGCAACGGGGACCAAUUCUAUGUGGGCCGAAAGUUCGUGUUCUCGCGGCGACGCGUAGCCAACUUCGAGGUCCUGCUGGAGCAGCUGACCGAGCAGGUGGAUGUGCCCUUCGGAGUGCGGAGGCUCUACACGCCCACGCGCGGUCACCAGGUGCUCGGGCUGGAUGCCUUGCAGGCCGGUGGCAAGUACGUGGCCGCGGGCCGUGAGCGCUUCAAGAAACUGGACUAUAUUCAUAUAGUUCCCAGAAAACCUCCAAAGAUGAGAAAGUUGAAGGAGAUCAAGCCAGUGGUACAUUGUGACAUCAACGUGCCUUCCAGGUGGCAAACACAAAGCAGGACAACCCGACAUAUAAAUGUUUUCACAAACGGAAAAUUAUUUAUCCCACCUAUAAAAAUUAUUAUACCCAAAUUCAGCCUGUCAGAUUGGAGCAGCGUGCUGGCUAUGAUUGGAGAGAAAGUCUUCCCUCUGGGAGGUGUUCGGAAGUUGUAUACAAUGGAUGGGCAUCUUUUGGACAACUCAAAGGAUUUGCAAGACAAUUCUUUUUAUGUUGCUGCAGGACUGGAGACUUUCAAAGCCAUUCCUUACUGGAAGUCCCCACGGGUUCCCAGUGAGGUCCAGCAGAGGUUUGGGGGCAAUGAUAAAUACACACAAACAAAGAAGAAAGUGGAGCCCAAAGGCAAAGAACCUCUCAAAAACGACAGCAUACCACCUAAAAGCCAGGAUUCUGUUUAUUAUGCCAAAGAGAAAAAGAAGACAGCCCCGGGACCCUUAGUUCAAAGCGGUGCAGAGGGUGAUGUGUAUAAAGCUCAGACUGCAGAUAAGGAGGCCCAGGAAGCACUAGAAGCACUGGAAGUCAGGGAGGAUCCAGAGGUGAAGGUGGAGGUGCCGGUUGACCAGGUACCAGCCGAAAUUGUUAAGGAAAUUGAUGAGCUAGGCGGCAACAGCCCUGACUUGGAAAGUGGUGUGAUUUUUUGGAAACGUCAUCUGGGGAGGCAGUGUGUUCCAGGCUCUCUUGAGUCCAGGGGGUGA